AUGUUCCGGAGACGCGCCCUGCGGCGGCGGCUGGCGGCGGGCGGCGCGCCCCACGUGCCCGAGGACCAGCUGCGGGGCCUGGCGCGGGCCCUGGACGCGGGCCCCGCCGGCGCGGCCUGCGUGCCGGACGCCGAGCCGGCGCUGCGGCUGGCGGCGGCCCGCGUCUCCCGCUACCCGGACCUCGCGGACCUGGCGGAGCUGCGCCGCCUGCCGCACUGCUGCGACCACCGGUGCUGCAACCCCUACCACUACAGCCGCCUCUGUGAGCCCGAAACCCCUCCUCCUCCUUACAGCCGGAUAGCAAUGGAUGACGUCAAACAUAAAGAACAAGACGAGAAGACAGAAGAUGCUCGGAGAACUGACCACGAGCGGCUUGCCACGGGCUCACUGGCUACUGACGGAGAAGAGCGUCAAAGCUGGGAGAGUGAGUGGUGCCGGUUGGCGUACUGGGAGCUGACCCAGCGUGUGGGGAGGCAGUUGGGUGUGAGGGUGCGCGCGGUGGAUGUGUUCGGGGGUGCGGGGGGCAGCUGUGGCCAGGGGAGACACGGACUGUGUGUGGACGACCUGGGAGACAGGGGCGCGCAGGUGGAACAGGUGCGGAAAACCCGGGCGAAGAUAGGUCUCGGCGUCACACUCUCACUGGAAUCAGACGGCGUGUGGUUGUACAACCGCAGUCAAGAACCAGUGUUCGUAUCAUCACCGGCUUUAGACGCUGCCGCUGCGAAAGCACUGCUUGUAUGGCGAGUGGCGCCGGGUCAUUGUCUAUGUGUAUUUGACCCUGGGUCUCCUCCCCCUGCGCUGUCUCUACCCCACGUCGGUCCAGUUGAUAAUACUUCCGUUAGAAUUUCCUUCGCUAAAGGCUGGGGUCCUAAAUACUCCAGGCGUGACGUCACCGCUUGUCCAUGUUGGUUGGAAGUACUACUAGCGCCGGCCAGCUGA